AGCAGCGUUGCUACGAAUUUUAUUUAAUCUCGACCGGAAUCAGGACGAAAUAUUCGCAGCAACUGCGAUAUCAACACACAACGCAACACAACAAAUCAAUAUGCCACCUAAGAAGCACGAGGAACACGAACGCAAGCCGCUAAUCGGACGCAUUGGGACGAAUCUUCGCAUCGGCAUCGUAGGCGUGCCCAAUGUGGGCAAGUCAACGUUCUUCAAUGUGCUCACCGAGAGCGCUGCUCCAGCGGAGAAUUUCCCCUUCUGCACCAUUAAGCCCAAUGAGAGUCGUGUGCCCGUACCCGAUCAGCGUUUCGACUACCUGGUGGAGUUCCACAAGCCAGCCAGUGUGGUGCCGGCUUAUCUAAAUGUGGUUGAUAUUGCUGGGCUGGUCAAGGGCGCCGCCGAGGGGCAGGGGCUGGGUAAUGACUUUCUUUCGCAUAUCAGUGCGUGUGAUAGCAUUUUCCAUUUGUGUCGCGCCUUCGAGGAUCCGGAUGUGACGCAUGUGGAGGGUGAGGUGGAUCCAGUGCGCGAUUUGGAAAUCAUUGCGGAGGAGUUGCGUCUCAAGGAUGAAGAGAAACUUCUGCAGUGCCUUGACAAGCUGGAGAAGGUUGUUGCCCGCGGCGGCGACAAGAAGCUCAAGCCCGAAUACGACUCCAUGGUGAAGAUCAAAGAGAUCUUGGUCGAGCAAAAGCGUCACUUGCGCUUCGAGGAUUGGAAUGCACACGAUAUUGAAACGUUGAACAAGUAUUUGUUUUUGACCUCGAAGCCGGCCAUCUAUUUGGUCAAUCUGUCGGACAAGGAUUUCAUACGUAAGAAGAACAAAUGGCUGCCAAAGAUCAAGGAGUGGAUUGACAAACACGAUCCGGGCGCCCUCCUCAUCCCCUUUUCGGGCUCAUUCGAACAGCAGCUAACCGAAAAGGAUGAGCUGGAGCGCAAGGCCUACGAGGAGGAGACGAAAUGCAAGAGUCAGCUAGAGAAGAUCAUUAUUACGGGCUAUAAGGCACUACAACUGGAAUAUUUCUUCACUGCUGGGCCCGAUGAAGUUAAGGCCUGGACAAUACAAAAGGGCACCAAAGCGCCACAGGCCGCUGGACGCAUUCACACCGAUUUCGAGAAGGGCUUCAUCAUGGCCGAGGUUAUGCAUUUUGAGGAUUUCAAGGCCGAGGGCAGCGAAGUGGCCGCCAAGGCAGCUGGCAAAUAUCGCCAGCAGGGUCGCAACUAUACCGUCGAGGAUGGCGAUAUCAUAUUCUUCAAGUUUAACGCCGGAGCUGGUCUGAAGGAUGCCAAGAAGAAAUGAUACCGUCUUGUCGCCUACAUCAUCAUGUGGACCAUCCUUUACAUGAAUUUAAUUUUAUACUCGCAACUGUUUCGCUUCGCUUGAUACGCUUUUCUAAUGUCACCCAAUUAUUGUACUUUUGACCCAGGCGGAAAUGCAUUUGUGUUUUUAUUUUUAUUUUGUA